AGUUGUAUUGUUCUUUGCCCAACCCUAGGAAUGUCCAUUUUGAAUCUACAAAUAUGAAGAAUGUCCUUCACUGGUCACCACCAGAAGGUACGGGUGAUGGAGUAGUCUACAAGGUGAAGUAUUCAGUAUAUGGUGUUGGAAAAUGGAUUAGAAAGCCAGAAUGCAGGAAUAUCAACAGAACAUGGUGUGACCUCUCCAGUGAAACCUCUGACUAUGAAGAACAAUACUACGCGAGCGUUAAAGCCUUUCUAAACGGGAUGUGCUCUGACUGGAUGGAGACCACUCGAUUCAACCCUCUUACAGACACUAAAAUUGAUCCACCCAUGGUAAGUGUAUCGUCUACUGACAAAUCUAUUUCAAUCAUUCUGACUGCUCCUGAGAAGUGGAAGAGAAGUCCUGAGGAAGAAUCCAUAUCUCUGCUUCAAGUGUAUCCUGGCCUGCAAUACAACGUGUCUGUCCUCAACAAAAAGACAAAGAAGCGGUGGUUCUUCUCCAUCAGCAACAACACCUUGAUUGUGCCCUGGUUAGAGCCUGGAACAGCUUAUUGUGUCAGUGCACAGAUACAUGUUACUACUCCACUUUUGGACAGUGGCUUUUCCAAAGAGCAUUGCAUUGCUACCUUGAAAGAUGAAACAGUGGGUGAGACUAUAACAAUUGCAUUUGGCUAUGUCCUGCCUACCAUGCUGGCUGUCCUUUUUAUUUCAGUGACAUGCUAUUUAGUGCACAAGUAUAUUCACGUCCACAAACAGAAACAUCCAACAAACCUGGUAUGGCAGUACACUGACAAAUGCAAGGAAAGGGUUUUUAUACCAUGUGAAAAAAUAGUGGUCAACCUCAUCACUGUCAAUGGAGAUGAGCAUAAGGAAUCCACUCAUCUAUCGGAAAGGAAAAGUCCCCAUUACUACACUGUAUACAAUGGCACUGAAGGGAAGGAUUUGCCUUCUAAAGAAGCGCUGGAAACAAAACACUUGCCUGAUAUUUCACAUGAAGUGAUUUCACCCAAAGAGGAUAUUUUAGUGGAAGGGGACCAGCCCGGAAACUGGACAUUUUAUGGCCAGCCUGGACCAAAGAAUACUGUGAGAGAGAAAAAUGCAGAGGCUGUGGAGUAUGAACAUGAUGUGAGGGCUGAAGACUUCAGUCCUGGUCAGAAACUAGAAGAGAUUUCUACCCCCAGGAGACUACUGGGUGAGCCACAAAUUGCUUUGGAGAACUUGGCUAGUGUGAUAACAAGACAGUCAUAUUCCCCCCAGCUAGAAGUGAGACUGGCAGACCUUUGUUUGGGACAGAAAACAGAGGAACUUAACUUGAAGGUUUGCGAUGCAGCAGAUGAAUUACCAGGUGAGACACAUACCAACUUUGUGGACCUGGAUACUGAAAAAUCUAAGCAGACAUCCUAUCAUCAGCUGGAAAGAUUCACACAGGGCCUCGCAGAGAAAGAAGGUGAACAGACCAUAUUAGUUGAUUGGGAUCCUCACAAUGGAAGACUAUAUAUUCCUACUUUGUCCAGUGUUGAAAAUCAGGUGUGUGAAGGAGUAUUCAAGUGUGAUGAUCCUGACAAAGAGGGAAUUUUGUUCAGACUGUAUGAGAAAGAGGUAUUUGGUGAACCCUCAGAGGACCAAGAAAUGUAUCUCCUGCAGUUCAAGGAACAAUGGGGACUUCAUGUAGAAAUGGAAGACUGA